AUGGCUAGAGAAAGCACCGCGCCAAUGGAGCCCCUCACCCCAGGAGGAAAGCCCAACACUCAGCCUCACCCCGCACAUGUCCAAGAACCUGAAUUCGGAAAACCCUCGCCGAUCGGCCCCCACAACACAGAUCAAACCACCUUUUCAACAUUCCAAAGCCAAAUCAAUCCCGUGCCGAACAUCAUCGACCCGCCCCUCGACCGCAGCCACAACAGCAGCCACAAUCGCGCCACCAAGGACAAUCAAGCGCUACGCCUCACGCUCAUCGCCAACCGGGCACGUCGGCCGGUGGCACCAUCAGCCUACAACAACCCCCGCGGAGGAUUUCAACACGGUGCAGUGAGUAUCAAGCGGCCUGAAAAUGUCACCUGGACAACUCCGCGGGCCCCUAGGCCUAUCUACCAAUCCAAGCCUGUUCCGCCGAAGGUCGGAGGCGCGUCGAAGAACUUACAGAAGUUCAUUGAUCUAACCCGUGACGACACUGAUCCUGUUCCAAGAGCCUCAGCCCAUGCGCCGCCGAGCUUCGGCGCAAUGGAUAUGAAUGGCUACGUUGACACGGCUAUGGCAAACGAGAACAUCAAGGCUUUGCUUGAAGGUGCAUUCGAGGAGGAGGAGGACAAGGCGGAGUCGAAACCUAAGAGCAAGAAGAAGAAGGGCGGAAAGAAAUCCAAGAAGACGUCACAGAAGAAGCAGAAAGAUGAAGUCGUCGUGGACAAGAAGAAGGAACAAGCAGUUGACGACCUUGAUGAUCUUGCUGCUCAACUUCAAGGGGUCACGGUCAACGACCCAAAGGAUAGCGAGGCUAGGUCUGAAGACGAUUCAUCUGCCAAGGUUGAGCAAGACGAUGAAGUUGCCAAGCUGGAUGAAGAAGACGAGGCAGAGGAGGAAGAAGAAGAGGAGGAGGAGGAGGAGGAGGAGGACGAUGAAGAUAAUGGGGUCAUCGAAGGCUUAAAAGUUACCCUUCUUCCCCAUCAAAUUGACGGUGUCAGAUGGAUGAGUGAUAAAGAGACGGGCCGAAAGACGUCGAAAGGAAUUUUCCCCAAAGGCGGAAUCCUUGCAGAUGAUAUGGCGAAAACACCGAAUCCGAGGGCAAGACGACCAAACUGCCCCCCGAACUGCAUCGCCUCCACUUUGGUCAUUGCGCCCCUUGCACUCAUCAAGCAAUGGGAGGCGGAAAUCAAGGACAAGGUUGAGCCAUCUCACAAGCUGCGUGUUUGCAUCUAUCACGGUACAACACGCGCAAAGACCUCGACGACGUUGGACAAAUACGAUGUUGUGAUCACAACGUAUGGAACCCUUACCUCCGAGUUCAACUCAUCAGCAUCAGACAAGGCCAAAAAGGCGGGGAUUUUCGCUGUUCAUUGGUACCGUGUCAUUCUUGACGAGGCGCACACAAUCAAGAAUCGUAACGCCAAAGCCACACAGUCAGCAUAUGCAUUGGAUGCUCAAUACCGCUGGUGCUUGACAGGAACGCCAUUGCAAAACAACCUGGAUGAGCUGCAGAGUCUGAUCAAAUUCCUUCGAGUGAAGCCCUAUGACGAUUUGGCUGCAUGGAGAGAUCAAAUCAGUCGGCCUUUGAACAAUGGCCGUGGAGGUCUCGCAAUUCAGCGACUGCAGGUCUAUCUGAAGGCCUUCAUGAAACGGCGCACGAAGGAUGUCCUCAGACUGAACGACAAUGUAAAGCCUGGUGAAGAAGGAGAAGAUGGCAAGCCAAAGAAGUCUUCUAAUGGAUUCCACAUCACCAAGCGUGAGGUCAUUAAGGUGGCUCCCGAAUUCAUGCCUGGGGAGUUAAACUUCUACAAACGUCUCGAACAGCGGACGGACAAUAGUCUUGAGAAAAUGAUGGGUGGUGCCAAGGUCGAUUAUGCUGGAGCUUUAGUUUUGCUGUUGCGUCUUCGCCAGUCUUGUAACCACCCAGACUUGGUCAAGGGCGAUUUGGCCAAGGACAAGGACAUUCUCUUGCAGAAUGGCAGCACGAACAGCCAGUCAUCACAGUCAAAGCCGGAUGAUCUUGACAGCAUUGCCGAUCUUUUUGGGGCAAUGAGCGUUGUCGCAAAGAAAUGCGAUGUUUGUCAAACGGACCUAAGUCAAAACGAGAUCAAGGACGGUGGUAGUCGAUGCGGCGAAUGUGAAGCCGACCUGAAUACCAAUGUUAUGGGCACAGAUAAAAAGAAGAAAAAGAAGUCGAAGAAGAGCCACAAGGAGCUUGAUGUUCCGGACUCCCCAUCAGCCCGCAAAUCCGAAGCGCAAAUCGUUCGUUCUCGCAAAAAUCGACGAGUCAUUAUUGACAGUGACGACGAAGAUGAAGAAGGCGAUUGGGUUGUACCUGAUGACCAGCGCAAGAUGCCCAAUCUCGGUAAAGCAGGUGGUUCAGACGAUGAAAAUGCCGAAGGAGGUGGUGAAUGGCUCGUUUCGGACGAUGAAACCGAUGAUGAGAUUGAAUCGCCCUCCAGAAGGAAGAGCAAACCCAUCGUUCUGAGCGAUUCCGAGGAUGAAAGCGAUUCAGAUGCGGACGACAUCUACAACGACGAAGGAGAAAACGGAGAGCUUCCAUCCACCAAGAUUCGCCAUCUUAUGCGGAUUCUCAAUCGCGAGGCACCGGACUUCAAGUUCAUUGUGUUCUCCGUCUUUACAUCUAUGCUUGACAAGAUCGAACCCUUCUUGAAGAGUGCCAAUAUUGGCUUCGCCCGCUACGACGGUGGAAUGACAAAUAACCACCGCGAGGCCAGUCUCGAAAAGCUCCGAAACAACAGUGGCACUCGUGUAUUACUCUGCAGUCUGCGUGCCGGUGCAUUGGGUCUCAAUCUGACAGCCGCUAGCCGCGUCGUCAUCUUGGAACCCUUCUGGAAUCCCUUUGUGGAGGAGCAAGCCAUUGAUCGCGUGCAUCGCCUGAAUCAAACCGUUGACGUCAAAAUCUACAAGAUGGUCAUCAAGGGUACCGUGGAAGAACGCAUUGUUGCCCUGCAGGACCGCAAACGUGAACUGGCCAAUGCCACUAUCGAGGGCAAGACUGGCGCUGGCAAGCUCACCAUGCGCGACAUGAUGGCGCUCUUUGGUCGUGAUGCAGAAUCGCGAUUCACGGAUAACCAGAGCACCCUGGACUUCAAUCAGCCUACUCGUCUGCUGAAUACCGGGGAUGAGACUGAGCCUGUUAAUUCCUCCUCGCAGGAAGCAACACAGUCUGCCCCACGCAACCGGGGAAAUGAGGGCCAGGCUAAUCGGCCACGGAAUGAAGACUCAGUUUACGGUCGACGCUGGUAA